GUGAAUACUCUUUGUGAAGAAAGAAAGUGGAAAAGGUCAGCAAAGACACGCCCUUUUAAAUCUCCUUGUGCACAAUCUCAGAAGUUUUCAUGCCCGCCAUCAUAGCUACAGGGAAGCAUCGACGCAAAGUUCGUUUUCCAUCUACUAAUCAGACAUUGCCGGUACUGCCAUCACCAAAGUCAGCCUGGGACAAGCUCAAGGACACCAGCCGUCAGCGCAAUAAUAAUAACAGCUCUGUUUCUUCUAAAAUGGCCAGCACUGCUGCCUCCACAGCUAGCAAGGCACGUGCCAGGGUUCCAAGUCUCUUCACACAGUCUCCCCUCAUCAAGGACCCUCUAGUCACAGAAACUAGUCAGCUGCAGAAUGACACCCUUGAAGCAUGUCUGCCGUUUCUGAAAGGCGUGCAGGAGGACCAGAAGGGCCCCUUCAACGAACAUGGUGUGCCGGCCCUCCAGCGCGAUGAGCAUGUACAGUUUCUGUAUGAUUCCUUAGAGGACUACCCGGCUGGAUUCGUGGUGAUGGAUGCGAGUCGUCCAUGGAUGACACUAUGGGGCUUGUCAGGUUUGAGUCUCCUGGGUGAGGAUGUCACCAAAUAUCGUGAACGUGUCAUCACUACUUUUGGCUCUAUGCAAAACUCUACUGGUGGGUUCGGUGGAGGUCAUGGCCAGGCCUCGCAUGCGGCGUCCAGUUACGCCGCUCUCCUCUCUCUGGCACUCGUUGGGGGCGAAGAGGCAUAUAAACUGGUUGAUCGACAGGCGAUGUGGAAGUGGCUUGGCAAGCUCAAGACUCCCGAAGGUGGUUUCAGGGUUUGUGAGGGGGGUGAGGCGGACGUGCGCGGUGUAUAUUGCGCGAUGACGAUUAUCUCUCUGCUUAAUUUACCUCUCACCUUACCUCCUGAGGCGGAGGCUCGACAUUCCGGGCUGGAAACCUUCUUCAGCGGUCUCCCCGAGUAUAUUUCGAGGUGCCAAACAUUUGAGGGUGGUAUCUCGGGAAGCCCGGGCAUCGAAGCCCAUGGCGCGUAUGCAUUUUGUGCCUUGGCGUCUUUGUGCAUUAUGGGUGCACCCCAGGAGAUCAUACACAAAUAUUUGAAUGUUCCACUGCUUCUGUCAUGGCUCUCAGCUCGCCAGUAUGCGCCAGAAGGAGGUUUCUCCGGAAGAACAAACAAACUGGUGGACGGAUGUUACAGCCACUGGGUGGGUAGCUGUUGGCCGCUGUUGCAAUCUGCCCUGAAUGGUGUCCAGUCGGCUGCUGAACCAAAGCCUCUGUCUAUCGAUUCUCUUUGCAGCCGGGAGGGGUUGACCAGAUACAUCCUCUCAUGCUGCCAGAACAAGAAAGGCGGUCUCCGUGAUAAGCCUGGAAAAUAUCCAGAUGCAUACCACACCUGCUACGCCCUGCUGGGAUUGAGCACCGUCCAGUAUUACCAUUAUCACACCGAUUCCAGCGCAGCGUCUGGCGACACCUUUGCGUCUGCAUUUUCCUGGAAAGCCGCCCCCAUCAUUGACGGCGACGGGUCGGAAGUCAAUGUGUUUGAUGAGAAGGAUCGGCUCACUGCAUUCCACCCAAUGUAUGCCAUUCCCCACGAGGCAGCGGAGAACAUGCGCCAGUGGUAUGAGAAGCAGGCCUUCGAGUUGUAGUCAGACCGACCGAGCGGGACUUGAUGAUUAUGGAUCCGGCAGUGGGGUUCCUGUUGAUAUUGUCUCUCCGAUACUGAUAUCGUAUGAGGCCUGAGAUGUAAGGCCAUCAUGCCACAGAGUAUUCCGCAUGGCGAUAUCACUGGCUACGGGAGGAAGUUGGCCGCUGUCAUAAUUGUCGGUGUACGGAGUAGUCAUGUCCUGCACCUGCAUACAAUAGUUCAUGCAUGCAUAUAUGCAGAGCUAGUUGGUUUGACUCUGGAGGAUCCAUGAACCAUGGUCGGGAAAAAUUCCGGUUCGUAGUCAGGAUAUGUAUCCUUCUGUUUCAUUUGAGACAGCAAUAAAUGAAAGAACAGAACAAGAUAAAUGUGCAUUUUAUCCAAACUCAGCGUAGCCGGCUCACUGGAGAAUCUUCCCUCCGGACACUAACUUCGAUACUCG